AAUUAGAUAACAGAUAUGGUAGAGAUGGAGAGUUCAGAGAGAUAACACUUAAAACAGAGAGAUCUUAGCUAAGUCAAUGGCGGCGACGGCAGCUGUUAUCUCCGGUGGUCUCAAAGUAAAGGCUGGACUUUUCGCCUCCCAAAUCUCAUCGCUUCCUCUCCGUGGCCAGCUCCCUCGUUGCUUCUCCUUUUCAUCGAAGACGGUAGCUUCAGUUUCUCGAUCUCUUGUAGUCUCCGCCGUCAAUAACCAUCGCCGUCGAAGCUCCUGGCCUCGAGUUACUACUUUCUGCACGGCGGCUCCUGAUGCUGUGUCUCCAGUGUCUGAACCGGAGAAGAAGGUUGAGUCUGUGGAGGAGGUGGAGGAGAAUGUGAAGGAGACGGCGAAUCUGUUAGACAUAAGAGUAGGAAGAAUCGUGAAAGCUUGGCAACACGAGGAAGCUGAUUCUCUCUAUGUUGAAGAAGUCGACAUAGGCGAAGCUGAGCCAAGAAUCAUCUGCAGUGGUCUCGUCAAAUACGUACCUCUCGAUCUCCUUCAGGGUGCAUCAGUUGUGGUGUUGGCUAAUCUGAAGCCAAGGAACAUGAGGGGAGUCAAGUCAUGUGGUAUGCUUCUCUGCGCUUCUGACUCAUCUCAUGAGAAUGUUGAGCCUUUGGUUCCACCACAAGGCUCUGUUCCUGGGGACAGAGUUUGGUUUGGUUAUGAGGAAGAUCUCGAGCAGCUUCCUGAGCCUUCACCUCCUAACAAGGUUCAGAAGAAGAAGAUGUGGGAAGCUGUGCAACCGCUUUUGAAGACUGAUGAGUCUGGUGUUUCCAUGCUUAAGGAGCACAUGCUUAAGGAGCAUUUGAUGCGGACAUCUUCUGGUCUUGUCACUUCCAACACUUUGAAAAAUGCCAACAUUUCUUGAUUUAAUGUUAUUUGAUUUUUGACAGAGAGAUAAAAGCAGAACAAAGUACUUUCAUUGCAAUGAAACUCAUGUUUUUUUUU